AUGCGUGCUGGGAAAAAUAAGCAAGGAGUAAGAACCAAGAAUGGAGAUAUAUCCAAAGGAAUAAGUGACAUGGAAAUACUUGUCAAAGAGAGGAAAUCGUACUUGCAGAAGGAAUACAAGAUUCUCACUGAACAUAUGAACACAUACAUGGGAAGAGUGGAGCAUUUCCUGCAGGAAAAUAAAUUCCUAGAAAAGGAGGCCAAACGGAAUCAGGAAGAGAGCAAUGCUUACCUCUCUUACAUAACAAAACACAGCCAGAAGUGCCAGAAUCUGAUAAUAACAUUAAAUGACCAAAAUCACACUGAUCUGUCUCAAGUCUGGAUGCAGAAAGAGAAGCUAAUCUCACAGUAUACAGAAAAAGAAGAGGAGGUAAGGAGCUCUCUGAUGAAUAUGGAGACGAAGUACUCUCUUAUGAACAAGGAGGUUGAAGACCUGCAGACUUUCAAAGAUCCAUCUAUUCAGCUGGAACAGAUGAAAAAGAUUAAAGAGCUGGAGAAGGAAUUGUUGGUCACAAAGAUACAGCAUUCAGAGGAAAUGCACAAAAUCAAGAGCAGAUUUCUGAAGGCCAAGGCUGACUGUGAGAUGGACUUUCAUCAGAAGAUCCAGGUUCUCACCAAGAGAGCAGAAGCAGCAGCGAUACAAUCUCUAAUUCAGCAUAUCGAACAAGUAAAAGCAGAGAAUUGGCAUCUGCGCCAGGAAUUGCUCAGACUCAUCCAAUACUCAAAAAUCCUUAAAGAAACCAAAGUUCAACUGAAAGAGCAGCAGCAGCAGCUUCUUCGGGAGAACCAAUACACUCAGGACAUGGCACACAUGCGCCACUGGUUACACCAGCAUGAGGCACACCGUGCAAACAACAAAACCUACAGCUCUCACAGCUUGUUCAGAUGUGUCCCAUUAACCUAA